CAUCCAAGAUGGCAGCCAAGCGCGAUCUGAGGUGGUCGCGGCGGUUGCUGUGGAGGUUGUGGCUGGUCCCGAACGCUCCACAGAACCCGGGAUCCGGCCUGGGCCUAGAAGCGAGGACUUAUUCCCAGGGCGACGGCCCACACUCGCGCACCGCGCUCUAUGAGCUGCUCGGCGUCCCCUGCACGGCCACGCAGGCGCAAAUCAAGGCGGCCUACUACCGGCAGAGCUUCCUCUACCACCCAGACCGCAACUCGGGGAGCGCGGAGGCUGCCGAACGCUUCACGCACAUCUCCCAGGCCUACUUGGUGCUGGGCAGUGCUACCUUGCGUCGCAAGUAUGACCGCGGCCUGCUCAGCGACGAGGACCUGCGCGGGCCUGGUGUCCGGUCCUCCAAGGAGCCCGCCGGCAAUGCGGGCUCGCCCCGCGCCCCGCCACCUGCCUCUCGGGCGCACAGUCGUGGUCAGGCCGCGGCGGGCGGCAACCGCACCAUGUUCGACUUCGACGCCUUCUACCGAGCGCACUACGGGGAACAGCUGGAGCGCGAACGGCGCCAGAGGGCCCGGCGAGAGGCCCUGCGCAAGCAGCAGGAGGACCGGGCCAAGAAGGGCUUCCGCUGGGACGAGACCCGAGACACGACUUUUGUGUUCCUUCUCUUAACAGUCUUCGUCAUCGUGGGCUUUCGUUCUUAAUCGGAGAGAGGAGGAAAGGGGACCAGCCCCCAGCCGGCCUUUCCUGUCUUCUUGAACCCUCGCCUUCCAUAGUCUACCUCUGCUGGGGUCCGAAGGAACUGCUCUCCCCCUCCUCUUCCCCGCCCGCCCAGCUUAGCCAUUCACCUGCACGGCCCUCCCCUACGGUCCAGAAAAGGCUUUUCGAUGCCCAAGAAGAAGAGUCCCGAAAGCCCGAGAGUGAAGGGUUUUCUGGAGUCCCUUGGGUGCCAAUUCCAGAGGUUGCCUUCCUGAUGUUGUCAACUUCUGGAACACUUGCUCUGGCUUGAUUGUAAAGCUCUGAGCAAGCGUUGUCUGCUCCUGCCCCACAUUUGUACCGUGGGGCUCCUGUGUAACCUUGAACCGUGCAAUGUGACCCAUUGUUGGCUGCCAAAAGAAAAAUUCUGGGGUUGUCCGAACCUUGUGUUUCUGUGAGUUCCCCAGCCACAGGUGAGACCCGAUGUAGGGUAAGAAUGGUAUCUUUGGAAACCUUGCCGUUUUGGUAUGAUCAGCCCUAGGCCCCACUCCCCCUUCUGUCCGUGGCAUGUGGGAGCAUCUCUCUGGAAAGCAAGGUCAUGGAGCAUUAGGAAUCGAGUGUUCCUGUACCCAUACUUAUCUAAUGUGUGACCUCAGAGAAAUUACUCUGUGGCGUGACAGCAGAGGAACAAAUCAUUUGCUCUCUUGAGGUCUGUCACACUUGAUUAUCCAGUUCUAAUGGGCUCAGUGAUUAAAACAUGAUGUUAGCAGAGUCAGAUUUAUCCUUGGGACAAUGUGCCUGUCUCCUGGUCAUUCCUUGGCCAGCCACCCCGUCACUAACUGUGCAGCCCCAUCCCCUCCCUGAAAUAGAGCAACAAACUGGGGGUUUGAGUCCAGCAAACUGGGAAUGUGGCCUGUCCUCUUGUUUAACCCCACGAGUCAAGUCCUUGAAACUUGGCUGCUUGAGUGUGGAGUAGACGGUACUUCUAAGGGAGAGGAGGCAUGUGGUGGAAACUUGGGUCUUUAUUCAGAGCUGGCUGAGGCUUUUUUCCCUCUGGGUUUCUAAGUCGAGCUAAGCGGUUGGUCAUCGCUUGGCUGGAGCUGUGGUAGUCAGGCUCUCGAUUAUGUGUCCCUGCACACGGAGUCUGUGUGUGGGCCGUGAGAUUUCAGCUGCUCACGUAUUUAUGCACUGGGGCUAAGUGUAAAGCUGUGGGAUAGGAAAACCUUUGCAAGAGUGAGGACAGAAGUGUAGGUUCUAAACAAAGCCAGAAGCGCAUUGGUAAAUUAGUGAGAACUGCUCUUGUGAAAUCCUUGUAAUUAGGAUAAGGCCACAGCUAGUUCAAAUUGGUGUCUCGGAAACGAUUUUGAUUCUAGCCUUGGAAGUCAAGGGCAAGCUCUUAGGACUUUGCAGUGAGCACACGAUUCAGUGGUAAAGAUUUGAGCCUGCUUUGGAUUCAAACUCGGUAGGCUCAGCUAGCCUUGGUUUGGGGGGAGGGGCACAUGUACUUUUAGAAAGAACAUUUAAUGUUAUUAUGUUUCAUAUUUGGAAAACAAGUCCUUUUUGAAAUACAAACAACAGGAAGUGUUGGGCUUAGUAAAAUGUGCCAGAAACUAGUGGUUCUCAACCGAGCAGCUGGAUGCAUAACAGCGUGUCCUUGGGGCGAGGUUCUAUCAGAGUUUCUGUCAAAAAGGAUUGGUGUUCUUUUGGGGGGUAAAAGCACUAGUGGUCUGUGAUAGCUGGGACCUUUCUCAUGGGCUCCUUCAUAUAGACCCCCCCCCAAGUUUGUUUUCUGUCAGUAAAUAUCAAAGCCAAGAACAUUCUCUGGGGCCUCUGAACACAGGUAUAUAGAAGGUUCCAGAAGGUUGGGGGAGGGGGCAGACCCUGUGAAACUUCUGGAACAUUCCAUUCAACUCCAAGCAGGAUAGUCAAUAAAGUUUAUUAAUCAUC